CGUGAAGCAUUUCAAUCCAGGGGUUUUUAUUGGAAAAUAGGACUUCCUGUCUCUCAGCGUGCCAGAUACAUGUAUCAGACAUGUUUUCUUCCAAACUCUUCUGCAUCGUACGGCCUCUCUGCAGCAGUUCACCAAUCCGACCUUUGACAUCAAGAAAAUCUCAGGUGAAGAACGCCUUCUCGACAACCAAAAUGGCUGAUUUCCCCACCCCAUCGAGCGAUCCUCCCAAGAAGGAAAUGCAGUAUUUCCCCGACAUGACCACGGCCUUGCCAUCCGCCUCUGGCGAAUUCCGUCGCGUCCUCUGGACGGGUCUAUACUCCCAGCUGGUUCUCAUGACUGUUCCUGUCGGCGGCGACAUUGGUGAAGAGGUUCACACCGUGGAUCAAAUCCUUACCUUUACGUCUGGCAAGGGCCUUGCGCAGGUUGCCGGAAAGGAGCAAGAAGUCAAGGCUGGCGAUAUGGUAAUUGUUCCAGCAGGAACUAAGCACCAGUUUUUGAACAAGGGACCGACACCGUUGAUUCUGUACACCGUUUACUCACCAGCUGAGCACAAGCCAACAACGGUUCACAAGACCAAGGAACAGGGCAAUAAGGAGGAAGAAGAUGGCAUCGAUGUAGCUCCAGAAUGGAGUCGACGUAGCAAGGAGCAGAAUGAGAAGGAGGGUUGGGUUAAGGGAGAGUAGAUUGUUGGUAGACACAAUUUCGAGAUGGAGUGAAUGGUAUGAGCGAUCCAAUUUUUCACAGCAAUGUCCCACAGUCAUGAGAGUCUUAUGUCUUUCAGGUCUUGUGCUUGAGACUUGAGAUGAUGGCUGCUAAGCGUGGUGGCAAUGAGUUCAGUCAUCAUGAGCCUUCAACAACUACACGUCCAACGGCAUUUGGAAAUGUUCCCCUACGAUUCAGACAUGUAUUGAAAGUUGCCCUUUACAUCUGCCUGCAUGAUGGAGGGUCGAUAUCCAACUGCAUUCAGCUCAUCUGCUGAAGCUCACCG